CUCCAGAAUCGACUACAACACAAGACACCACAACGAUGUCCACCACGGAAUCCACCACCUCACAUCCAACCACAACUACUCAAUCAACUACUACACAAGACGCCACAACGAUGUCCACGACGGAAUCCGCCACCUCACAUCCUACCACAACUACUCAAUCGACUACAACACAAGACGCCACAACGAUGUCCACCACGGAAUCCACCACCUCGAAUCCUACCACAACUACUCAAUCGACUACAACACAAGACACCACAACGAUGUCCACCACGGAAUCCACCACCUCACAUCCAACCACAACUACUCAAUCAACUACUACACAAGACGCCACAACGAUGUCCACGACGGAAUCCGCCACCUCACAUCCUACCACAACUACUCAAUCGACUACAACACAAGACGCCACAACGAUGUCCACCACGGAAUCCACCACCUCACAUCCUACCACAACUAUUCAAUCAACUACUACACAAGACGCCACAACGAUGUCCACGACGGAAUCCGCCACCUCACAUCCUACCACAACUACUCAAUCAACUACUACACAAGACGCCACAACGAUGUCCACGACGGAAUCCUCCACCUCACAUCCUACCACAACUACUGAAUCGACUACAACACAAGACACCACAACGAUGUCUACCACGGAAUCCACCACCUCACAUCCUACCACAACUACUCAAUCAACUACUACACAAGACUCCACAACGAUGUCCACCACGGAAUCCACCACCUCACAUCCUACCACAACUACUCAAUCGACUACGACACAAGACACCACAACGAUGUUCACGAUGGAAUCAACCACCUCACAUCCUACCACAACUACUCCCCACAUGGCUUCAACCCUCGAGGCGGAUCAGAUCCCGUUUACACGACAUAAAAUUGCAGGGUUGAAGCCGCGAGGUGGGUUGAGACCUGCAAUUCUGGUGGAUUCAAGAGGCGGCUUCAACCCGGCUUCAAUCCCCUCGCGGCUUCAACCCGGCUUAAACCCUCGAUGCGGAUCACUGUGUAAACACGAUGAAUUUGAGGGAGGAAUCCGUCUGAUCAGCUGGUACAGUUCAGAUGAAGGCAGGGUUGAGAUCUUCCAUGACGGUCAAUGGGGUACAGUCUGUGGUGACGGUUGGGAUGACUCUGAUGCGAGGGUAGUUUGUCGACAGCUUGGAUACUCAGGCGAUGUUGGUGUAGCCUGGAGGGAUGCACCUACAUACGGACAAGGAUUUGGGUCGAUGUAUCUUAGUAAUGUCGACUGUUCGGGAAAUGAAACCAGGUUGACUGAUUGCAGUAAUGGCGGAUGGGGCAACCACGACUGCUCUCAUACGAAAGAUGCUGGAGUUUACUGUGGAGAUGAAGUUGAGGGAGGAAUCCGUCUGAUCAGCUGGUACAGUUCAGAUGAAGGCAGUGUUGAGAUCGUCCAUGACGGUCAAUGGGGUACAGUCUGUGGUGACGGUUGGGAUGACUCUGAUGCGAGGGUAGUUUGUCGACAGCUUGGAUACUCAGGCGAUGUUGGUGUAGCCUGGAGGGAUGCACCUACAUACGGACAAGGAUUUGGGUCGAUGUAUCUUAGUAAUGUCGACUGUUCGGGAAAUGAAACCAGGUUGACUGAUUGCAGUAAUGGCGGAUGGGGCAACCACGACUGCUCUCAUACGAAAGAUGCUGGAGUUUACUGUGGAGAUGAAGUUGAGGGAGGAAUCCGUCUGAUCAGCUGGUACAGUUCAGAUGAAGGCAGGGUUGAGAUCUUCCAUGACGGUCAAUGGGGUACAGUCUGUGGUGACGGUUGGGAUGACUCUGAUGCGAGGGUAGUUUGUCGACAGCUUGGAUACUCAGGCGAUGUUGGUGUAGCCUGGAGGGAUGCACCUACAUACGGACAAGGAUUUGGGUCGAUGUAUCUUAGUAAUGUCGACUGUUCGGGAAAUGAAACCAGGUUGACUGAUUGCAGUAAUGGCGGAUGGGGCAACCACGACUGCUCUCAUACGAAAGAUGCUGGAGUUUACUGUGGAGAUGAAGUUGAGGGAGGAAUCCGUCUGAUCAGCUGGUACAGUUCAGAUGAAGGCAGGGUUGAGAUCUUCCAUGACGGUCAAUGGGGUACAGUCUGUGGUGACGGUUGGGAUGACUCUGAUGCGAGGGUAGUUUGUCGACAGCUUGGAUACUCAGGCGAUGUUGGUGUAGCCUGGAGGGAUGCACCUACAUACGGACAAGGAUUUGGGUCGAUGUAUCUUAGUAAUGUCGACUGUUCGGGAAAUGAAACCAGGUUGACUGAUUGCAGUAAUGGCGGAUGGGGCAACCACGACUGCUCUCAUACGAAAGAUGCUGGAGUUUACUGUGGAGAUGAAGUUGAGGGAGGAAUCCGUCUGAUCAGCUGGUACAGUUCAGAUGAAGGCAGUGUUGAGAUCUUCCAUGACGGUCAAUGGGGUACAGUCUGUGGUGACGGUUGGGAUGACUCUGAUGCGAGGGUAGUUUGUCGACAGCUUGGAUACUCAGGCGAUGUUGGUGUAGCCUGGAGGGAUGCACCUACAUACGGACAAGGAUUUGGGUCGAUGUAUCUUAGUAAUGUCGACUGUUCGGGAAAUGAAACCAGGUUGACUGAUUGCAGUAAUGGCGGAUGGGGCAACCACGACUGCUCUCAUACGAAAGAUGCUGGAGUUUACUGUGGAGAUGAAGUUGAGGGAGGAAUCCGUCUGAUCAGCUGGUACAGUUCAGAUGAAGGCAGGGUUGAGAUCUUCCAUGACGGUCAAUGGGGUACAGUCUGUGGUGACGGUUGGGAUGACUCUGAUGCGAGGGUAGUUUGUCGACAGCUUGGAUACUCAGGCGAUGUUGGUGUAGCCUGGAGGGAUGCACCUACAUACGGACAAGGAUUUGGGUCGAUGUAUCUUAGUAAUGUCGACUGUUCGGGAAAUGAAACCAGGUUGACUGAUUGCAGUAAUGGCGGAUGGGGCAACCACGACUGCUCUCAUACGAAAGAUGCUGGAGUUUACUGUGGAGAUGAAAUUGAGGGAGGAAUCCGUCUGAUCAGCUGGUACAGUUCAGAUGAAGGCAGGGUUGAGAUCUUCCAUGAAGGACAAUGGGGGACAGUGUGUGAUGACGGUUGGGACGACUCUGAAGCGAGGGUAGUUUGUCGACAACUUGGAUACUCAGGCAAUGUUGGUGUAGCCAGGAGUGGUGGUACAUACGGACAAGGAUCUGGCCCGGUAUACCUUAGUAAUGUCGGCUGUUCGGGAAACGAAUCCAGGUUGACUGAUUGCAGUAAUGCCGGAUUGGGCGACCACGACUGCUCUUAUACGAAAGGUGCUGGAGUUUACUGUGGAGAUGCAAUUGAGGGAGAAAUCCGUCUGAUUCGCUGGCACAGUUCAGGUGAAGGCAGGGUUGAGAUCUUCCAUGAACGUCAAUGGGGGGCAGUCUGUGAUGACGGUUGGGAUGACUCUGAUGCGAGGGUAGUUUGUCGACAGCUGGGAUACUCAGACAACGUUGGUGUAGGCUGGAGUGGUGGUACAUACGGACAAUUAUCUGGCCCGAUAUACCUUAGACAUGUCGACUGUUCGGGACAUGAAUCCAUGCUGACUGAUUGCAGAAAUGGCGGAUGGGGUAACCAAUCCUGUGGACACUCUGAAUAUGCUGGAGUUUACUGCUAG